CGGUCCUGUGCUCGUGCUCGUGUAUCGCCUCAGUUUCUCUCCACUGACUGGCGUGCGAGCCUCGGUUCUCCAGCCGCGUGACGGUGGCCUAGCGCAAUGAGGCGAGCAGCAUUGCGGCUUUGUGCCUUGGGCAAGGGGCUGUUUACCCCCGGCAGAGGACUGACUCAAGGAUCACAGGACUCUAGGAAACAGGGAAUCUUCCACAUUCAUGAAACAUGUUCACCUAUACACGUGAAUCACGUUCGAGAUAAGUUGCGGGAGAUAGUAGGAGCAUCCACAAACUGGAGAGACCAUGUGAAAGCAAUGGAGGAAAGAAAGUUACUUCAUAGUUUUUUGGCUACAUCACAGAAAGGACUGCCACCUAGGAGAAUGAAGGACAGUUAUGUUGAAGUUCUCUUGCCUUUGGGCAGUGAGCCUGAAUUACGAGAGAAAUAUUUGACUGUUCAAAACACUGUAAGGUUUGGUAGGAUUCUUGAAGACCUUGACAGCUUGGGAGUUCUCAUUUGCUACAUGCACACCAAAAUUCAUUCAGCUAAGAUGUCUCCUUUAUCAAUAGUUACAGCCCUGGUGGACAAGAUUGAUAUGUGUAAGAAGAGCUUGAGCCCAGAACAGGACAUUAAGUUCAGUGGCCACGUUAGCUGGGUUGGGAAGACAUCUAUGGAAGUGAAGAUGCAAAUGUUCCAGUUGCAUGGUGAUGAAUUCUGUCCUGUUUUGGAGGCAACGUUUGUAAUGGUGGCUCGUGAUGCUGAAAACAAAGGGCCGGCGUUUAUAAAUCUACUCAUCCCUGAAAGCCCAGAGGAAGAAGAGCUCUUUAGACAAGGAGAAUGUAUGUUAAUUUGUUUAUAAUAAAGUAAACUUUAAAAGC